AUGCCGCCCCUGCAAAGCUCCUUGAUCCUGGUCGCCUACAUCUUCAUCUUUCUCACGGGCCUCCCGGCCAACCUCUUAGCCCUCCGGGCCUUCGUGGGCCGAGUGCGCCAACCCCACCCGGCUCCCAUCCACAUCCUCCUGCUCAGCCUCACCCUGGCCGACCUGCUGCUACUGUUGUUUCUGCCCUUCAAGAUCAUCGAGGCCGCCUUCGAUUUCAAAUGGCGCCAGCCCAACCUCCUGUGCGCCAUCACGGGCUUCAUCUUCUACAGCAGCAUCUACUGCAGCACUUGGCUCUUGGCCGGCAUCAGCAUUGAGCGCUACCUAGGGGUGGCUUUCCCGGUGAAGUACAAGUUAUUCCGACGGCCCGUGUAUGGCAUCAUUGCCGCAGUGGUGGCCUGGUUCAUGUCCUUCAGCCACUGCACCAUUGUUAUCAUAGUGCAGUAUUUGAAUGCCACCGAGUCCACUGUUAACACCUGUUAUCAGAACUUCACCGACCUGCAGCUGGAAGUGGUGCUGCCCGUGCGACUAGAGCUGUGCUUGGUGCUCUUCUUCAUCCCCAUGGCUGUCACCAUCUUCUGUUAUUGGCGCUUCGUGUGGAUCAUGCUCACCCAACCCCAUGUCGGGGCUCAGAGGCGGCGUCGUGCCGUGGGACUGGCCGUGGUGACUCUCCUCAACUUUCUGGUGUGCUUUGGCCCUUACAAUGUCUCGCACCUGGUGGGCUUCUUCAAGAAGGAGAGCCCCACUUGGCGGGACAUAGCAGUGGUCUUCAGCUCCCUCAAUGCCAGCCUGGACCCCGUUCUCUUCUAUUUCUCUUCUUCUGCGGUGCGUAGGGCCUUCGGGAAGGGGCUACAGGUGCUACGACAUCGAGGCUCCUUGAUCAUGGGACACUCGAAAGGCAAAGAGACGGCGGGCAUGGCCAAUGGGGACCGGGGUUCGAGUCAAGCAGAGGGAGCCCCGAGCUCGGACUUUGCCACUGACUAG